AUGCCAAAAUUAUGCCGAACACGGGUGCUUGUGGCUGUUCUGCUGGUUUCAUGGGUUACCCUGAUUCUCUACUUUAUGACUUCGGGAUUUUAUGACAGAAGGGAGGAUAUCUUUGGGGAUCUGACUAUGCCUCGAAGAGGUUGGAAACUUCCAACUGAAGAAAUGUAUUUGGAUCCACCAUUGCCGCAAGUGCCACCAACAAAAUCGGUGGAAGUGGUUCUUCUACACUCUCAAGAAGAUCAUACAUCGUUUCUGGACAGAUUCAGUAACACUGAAAUCCAACCCAAACCACAACCUGUGCUCAGUUUCUCCGAAUUUGACGUGGAUGCCUACAUCGCAAAGGGGAAGCUCAAGCCUGGAGAGGAUAAAUACGCUGCCAACAAAUUCAAUCAAGCUGCGAGCGAUGCUGCCUCUGUUAAGAGAGAUAUCAUCGACAGCCGAGAACAUCAUUGUAAAAAGUUAACUUACGACACCUCUGUGUUGGAGCCUACCUCUGUGAUAGUUACUUAUCAUAAUGAGGCUCGUUCAACACUUUUGCGAACUGUAUAUAGUGUUAUGCUACGAUCUCCACCUCAUCUUAUUCAUGAAAUUAUUCUUGUCGAUGAUUGUUCGAAGGAUGGUAGGAAUUUUUCUGUUUACAAAGAUUUUACAAUGCGUCUUAUACGUUCUCGAGUGAAAGGAGCUGCCUAUGCUACUGCUCCAAUCCUUACAUUCCUCGAUAGUCAUGUCGAAUGCAAUGUUGGCUGGCUAGAGCCGCUCUUGGCUCGAAUUAACGAGAAUGAGAAAGCCGUUGUUGCGCCAAUAAUUGAUGUAAUCAACAUGGAUACCUUCAAUUAUAUUGCUGCUAGUGCUGAUUUGAGAGGAGGUAGUUUUUAUGAUCUAGCUUAUUUCCAAAUUAUGUUGAAAAAACAAUAAGU